AUGACCUCGGGCGAAACUGACGACCCGAGCCGACAUCCUCUAGUCGUGGCCUUGCGAGCUCUCCUGCGGGCAACCCAUGGCAACCCGGGCCGUGCAGCGCGAGAUACCGUAAGGGAUGCUGCCAUAUCUGCGCACCAAGCUGCGAAGCAGGGCUCACUUGGCGCGCAUGAUGUGGCAGCGUGGCAGCGGGGAGAGCUUCAAGACAAGUUGGAGGCUUUCCAAUCCGGUCAGCAUUUGGAGUCCGUCAGUCUCGUCUGGGAUACCCUGGUCCUGGCCCGCGACGCUCCACGGGACGAAGGCCUCGACCUGGAGGAGGUUGAGGAGUUGGUGCUGGCGCACCUCGUGGCCUUUCCGGACGUCUUGGCGCAAUCACUCGUUGUGAGCCUCUUCCAGCAGGUACAUCUGGGACAAAGCUUCCUUCAUGAAGCAGAACGGGCGAUUGAUGUUACGGCGGUGUUGAAGGAGCUGCAACCACAGCUGGACAAGCACAAGGCCACAGCACUCCGAGUUGCCGAGCAGUGCUGUACUCAUCUACAAUCUCGGUCUGAGACCCUGGCCUCCAACCUGCUCAAGCGGAUGGACUUGGACGGGGACGGCUUCGUCGGUGAGUCGGAAUUUCUCGCUUCCGCCGUGCACGCGCUAGCCCUCGAGGUGGAAAACCUUGCCGUUUCCGUCGGUGUGCCGCAAUUGAUGAGUGACGAAAGCUUCUCAGAUGACUUUCACGAGGCCGUUGGCAAGACUUUGGCACUUGAUGCAAGCUCACCAUGA